AUGAGUACUGAUCUUCACGGACAAGUGCCGGAUGAUGCCGAUACAGUUUUACUAUUAAUUGAUGUUAUAAAUGAUAUGGAUUUUGAAGGAAAUGAGGAAUUAUUGAAACGAAUUGAAGAUGUUGGUAAAAAAAUUCGUGAGUUAAAACGCGCAGCAAAAGCAGCUGGUAUCCCCGCAGUGUAUGUCAAUGAUAAUUUUAAUCGAUGGCGAUCAAAUUUUCAUUCAUUAUUAGAACAUUGUUUAAAUGACAAUGUGCCGGGAAAAAUUUUGGCUGAAUUGUUGAAACCGGAAAAAGAGGAUUAUUUUGUACUUAAACCGAAACAUUCUGGUUUCUACUGUACACCACUAGAAAUUCUUCUCGAUCAUUUUCAUGCAAAAAAUGUAAUAUUAACUGGUUUUGCGGGUAAUAUUUGCGUAUUAUUCACGGCUAAUGAUGCUUACAUGAGAGGUUACAACAUAACUAUUCCAAGUGAUUGUGUUGAUUCAAAUACAACAGAAGAGAAUGAAGCAUCGUUAAAUCAAAUGAAAAAACUGUGUAAAGCAGAUGUCAGAAAGUCAAGUGAAAUCAUCAAAGAUAUGAUUAAACAAGAAAAACAACUCAAAACCGAUCAGAACCAACCUCAAAAAAUUGAGAAAAAAACUGCAGGUGACAAGAAGAAAACUUAA